AUUACUGCAACCUCCAAGAGACAAGAAGAGACAAACACGCAUCACAUCCUAAGCAGCUAUGGCAGAUGCAAGCUUUAAGGCAAGAUUCCUCGCUAAACACAACGAAUACAGAAAGAAACAUGGAGCCCCAGCUUUAAGCAUGAGUAAAGACUUAUGCACUUCUGCACAAGCUUGGGCUGACCAUUUACUGUCCAUUAAAACCUUGCAGCACAGUGACACCAACAAGGGAGAAAAUCUCUAUUAUUUCCAGAGUUCUGCACCAAAGAAACUUACAGGAGACGAGCCUGUGGACAACUGGUACAGUGAAAUUAAAGACUAUAAUUUCAGUAAUCCUGGAUUUGCCUCCAACACAGGACACUUCACCCAGGUUGUAUGGAAAUCAAGCAAAGAAGUUGGAGUGGGUUUAGCCACUGAUGGAAAAACUGUCUUUGUGGUUGGUCAGUACGAACCUGCUGGAAACAUUUCCAAUCCAGGAUACUUUAAGGACAAUGUUUUGCCUGCAGGGAAGUAAGACUCCUUACUGUCAUCUGGUGAAACAUCUAAACCCAUAUCUAUAUGGAUUAGAU